GAUUGUCUGAGAAACGACUGGAUGAAGCAUUUCUGUUGAUGAGCACUCGAAGGUUUUUACAAUUGUGUAAAGAUAAAUGUACAAGUCUGCAGGCAAUAUAAAAAAGCCAGUUGAUACAAACUGAUUAUAUAGACAUUCCCAAACAAGAUGAGACGUGUCUAUUCUUCAAGUAUGUGGCUUGUGACCUGGAUGUUGCAGCUGUACUUACCAGCCGCAAAUAUCGUGACAGGAUUUAAGGCGACGUGUGUCGUUCCUCCAGCGGAGCCGUUAGGCAACACGUCACUGACCUGCCAUUUUCCCGAGGACGUAAGCAAGACAAAGAAAAACUUUAUCGUUGAUGUUGUUCCCGAAAACGGAAGGACAGAGGUGGCCUUGAAUUGCUUCUGGGUGCGUAACGAGAUGAAGUGCUACACGAAGCAGGGUUACAGUUUUGACCAGCAGGUAUCUGACCGCAUCACCCUACACAUUCCUCAGGUGUCACCGGAACAAUAUGGCCGCUACAACUGUUUCUUUUUCAACAUCAGCUCUGUAUACUCAGAGGCCUGCGUACUCGAAAAGACUGCAGGCCUCAGCUUGAAGCUGCCAUUCUAUCCUGGAGACACUGUCAUGGCGCUGGAAAAGAAGCAACUUCACAUCGCUUUUUACCUCAACGGUGUUAAAGAUCGUAGCCCUGGUGACGACGUACGCGUUGUGGUGAACAAAAAUGACGUGGACACAUUAUGUGACGUCAGCUUUGUGCGGACUACAGGACACGUGAUCAACAGAAGCCCAGUGUCCUCUUGUUCAUACAACCUGCUCCUGACUUUGGCAUCGUCUUCAGCAUGAAGGCAUCUUGUGAAGACAACGGUGCGAUUCUCACCUGGCAAAUAUGGAGGGGAGGCUGGUUCACAGGUCUAGAAAAAAGCCUCCUGCUAAAUAUUACUUCUCCUGUAGACGGUCCCACACUAAAGCUGCCAUGCUUUCCUGGAGACGUUAUCCGGACGUCAGACAAGACACAAAUUCUGGUGCCGUUCAGUGUCGACGGUCUCCAUGACAGUCAAUACGGUGACGAGGUACGGGUGGUGGUGAAGAAAAAUGGCGUGGACACAUUGUGCGACUUCAUAUACGCGAAAGCCAGACAACAGCUGAUGAAUAGAAGGUCUAUGUCCGCGUGUGCACCUGCAAGUAGUCCGGACACUCACCUGGAGUUCAGUAUAAACGCCUCGUGUGAAGACAAUGGAGCAGUUCUUUCCUGGGAGCUGUGGAGGCGGGCAGGCUCAUAGACACAGAGAAAAGACUGCUUCUGAGCGUUAUUUGUGGGUAUCUUUACCUCUGUUUUUGUAUUGCUAACAACCUAUUAGACCUUUUCCUUUUUUUUUGUAUAUCAGACAACUUUUAAACUUUUUUCCUACCUAAAACUUAUCAUUAAAAGCUUAACUGAAAGCAAGAUGGUUAUGGUGGAUAAGGGUUAAUUUAUUGUAAAAUUUGAGUGAAAGUCUUUGUUUCAGUAGCCUUUAAACACCUCAGAUCUCAUGUUCUAUAACCUGUCUGUUGAUUAUUAGCGCAUCCGUGAGGCUUAAUCUUUAACCUCUUUCCCUUCCUGCGAUGUUCUAGCAAAUCAUAGGAGAUAUUAAUUACAUGUUAAUUUGUACUUUCUGCGUGUGUGCGUGAAAGAGAGAGAGAGCGAGAGAGAAAGAGGGUGAGAAAUGGAGAUUGAAAGAAGGGAAAUGUUUUAUUGUAUCUGAGGGAUUACUUUGUCUAUUUACUUUAUAUCUGACCUUUAUCUCAUGCUAUUUUCGCAUACAUUACGGUCUUCUACGGAAUAAUCUGCAUUUUUGCUGAUUUAAAAAACCGCGGCAUCAUUAUGACCCAUCCUUCCGUCACUCGCUCGUUCAUUCAUUCAUUGUAUUUCGUGAAGGUUACCGACUACAAUAUUCAUAUCGCGAAAAUACCGGCAAAAUUUACUUUGAAGAUCCAAGAAUUGUUUGGAAGAUUGGGAAAUCAGGUUUAGUUUUCAAGGUAAGCUGUUUUUAUGAAUGAAAUUAAGGGCUGAAAAUAGCUAUUAUUACAGAUUUGUAUCAAAGGAAA